AUGGUCUCGCAGCCCGAACCCAGCCAGUCUUCCGCGCUCGCCCCCCAUCCUCACCACCACCCUCAUCACUCACGCCGCGCGCACCACACAUCGUCAGCCGCCUCAUCCGUCGUCUCGCGCCCCUCGCUCUCCCGCACCAAGCGCUACGGCCGCUCUCACGCCGGCGGCGCCUCGUACGUCCCGCAGAACGAGUUCCCCGUCUUCGCGCAGAGCGGCGAUGUCGAGAUUGUGGUCCGCGCCGGCGCCGCCGAGAAUCGUUACCUGCUACACCGCCAUACCCUGACGCGCUGCAGCGGCUUCUUCGAGGCCAGCACCUCGUCCGAGUGGUCAAAGGCACGGCCCCUUCUCGCGGGCGGGAACGAGCUCGCGCGCAUCGGCGAGGACCCGGCCCUCAUCCCCGACCGCGCCGAACUCGAAGCGACGGGCCCGACAGGCCUGACGGGCGCCGUGCCGCGCAAGAGGUGGAGGUAUGAGCUCGAUCCCGGCGCGGGCGCGGGCGACAUCCCCAUGCUCGUGCAAAAGGACGACACGCGCGGCGACGACACUUCCAGGCCCGCACUCCCCUCCAUCUUCGGCGCAGGCUCCAGCGUCGGCGCGUCGGCGCCCAAGUCGAGCAUGCGCAAAGGUGGCAGCCACUCCCACUCGUCGUCGGUGCCGUCCAACCACGUCUCCUUCUCCCGAUCCGUCGCCAACCUGAGCCUCAGCCCGGGCCUCUCUCAAGCCGACGAAGACCUCCUGCGCGACUACGACAACCUGUUUCGCAUAUUCUACAACUAUCCGCCGGUGUUGGACGCCAUCAACGUUGCCGAUGCGUACGUGCAGUGCAAGUCGCUGUUGGCUGUCGCAGAUCUUUACGAUGCCCUCCCCGUAGUCGGCCCGCGCGUCGACCACCACCUGCUUCAGUUCCAGUCGCGCCUGUGGAAGCAGAUUGCCAAGUACCCCAUCUCGUACCUCCGGCUGGGCUACCUCGCUCGCAGCAAGGUGAUCUUCCAGGAGGCUCUGAUCCACGUCGUCGGCCAGUGGCCGGCUGGUGAGCGGAGCUUGCGUGCCGCGCUGCCGGACGUGGUGCUGGACCUUAUCGAGGACAAGGUGGAUGAGCUCGAGGAGGCCGUCAGUCGCGUCGAGGGCCGCCUCUUUCGUCUCAACCUCACCACACCGAGGGGCGACCGCGUGACCCCGUCCAACAGCUAUCUCGAGUGGCUCGUCAUCAGUCUCUUCCGGCAGUGGCUCGCCGACAACACGGCGCCGCAGCCCCCUCCCGACCGCAACGGCCGUGGCGCCCACCACCAUCACCAUCCGUCGCUACCGCCCGCGGUGCCGCCCCUGACGUCCGUCGGCCGCGCGUACCGCACCCUUGGCUCCGGCAAUCCGGCCGCCUUCCUCGGCCACGACGAGUGCAAAAAGUUUCUCAAGCUGACCCCGGAGCUGUACAGCCGCGACAAUCUCCGUCGCUUCGAGAAGCGCAUGGACGAGCUCAAGGCCAUGGCGCGCGACAUUGUGCGCCCCCUCCUCGGGAGCGGCCUCGAGUUGGACCUGGCCGGCUCGAGCCGCACCUCGGACGGCAUCAGCUACCUCACGUGCACGGCGGUUGGCAACAGAGACCUGCCCUGGCUGACCGACGGCUGA